CAAGUGCAACACUAUGCAUCAUGGCGGCCACAGAGCAAGAAGAUGAUGAACAGUUUUUGUAUGGAAAAGGUGAGGUCUGGGCUUUUUAAAAGUUGUAAAUGAAAAUUUGAAAUUCGUAAGUCAAUGGCGUAAUGUUAAUGUCGUGAAAUGUUGAUAUGUGAAAUGAAACGCUGGAUAAUUUGAACUUUUAUAUUUGUUUUAUAUCGCUUUGUACUCUCACUACUAUUUGAGUUUUAACUUUCCAAUCACGUCAAAUAAACACAUACUAAAUAUCCAGUCAAUUAAAUAUCAGUGUCAGGUCAAGCAAAAUACUCCGUGAACAGUGUUAGUUAAGUUGACGUUUUCUGUGUCGGAGUAGUCACUGUAUUCUUUAUAAUAGAUAAGUUGCCAUGAUUCCAUGAAUUCCAUUGGCCAAAUUAAAGUACCUCACUGCUGCUCCAGGGAGCUGUUUAUACUGUCCAGCCAGGGUGGUUAGAAGAAUAUCAGUAUACUUGAUAAUAGCUCAGUUUGCCACUGUACAUAUAAUUCCAGGCUAUGUCUGUAUGCGUGGAUACUUGAUAGUUUAUACCCAUACCUGACUGGAAAGUUUGGAAAUUGCGCACCGGAGAUUUCAAAUAUACAAAAUUUUAAAUAUAUAGAAAGCAUCAAAAUUGCGUGCCGGAGAUAUCCGCCGCGCGAUACAAACUUUCCACACUGGUACCCGUAUUCAGUCCUUGAAACUCAGGUCAGCAUUCGGCAAUGCCGACCUGCAAAGCGCGAUAUGUGUAGAUUUAGGUCGGCAAAAUUUUGCCGACCUACUUUCAAAUACGUCUCGGCAUUUUUUCCGCGAACGCAUCUUCCACAUACGCAUUUUCAACAAUGAUGUUUUAAUUAUCAGGUUUUGAUCAUUAGCUUGCGUCGCUUUGCGAGUAUCAAAUUUAAUCCUUGUGUAAACAUUGCAAUUUCAUUAUUGAAAAGGCAGGUGUAAAAGUCGGAUUGGAUUGCCAGUCCGGGUCGGAUUAGGCCGGAUCGUGCACUGUAUAAAAGUCGGACCGGAUCGCCAGUCCGGGUCGGAUUAGGUCGGAUCGUGCAGGUAUAAAAGUCGGACCGGAUCGCCAGUCCGGGUCGGAUCGUGCAGGUAUAAAAGUCGGACUGGAUCGCAUUGAUGACCGAAUCACUAGUCCGGCCGUGCCAAAUUGCCAAAACGAAAAUACACGCUUCACAUGUGAAAUUUGAAGAUGCAGAACUCUGAUCAGAAACAUCUACACUAUUGUUUUCAUUAGACAUUAUACUUAUAUGCAGCUUUAUUAUCACAAAAUUUUAAAAUAGCCAUGGCAAUAGCUGGAUUCCGCCUGGUAUAAGUAUGAAACGAAAACUAUCGGACGGAUAAACUCGAAAAAAUAGGAGACCCUCACCAUCCAAGUUUCUUUUGAACGUUACGAGCAGAAACCCGUCUUGAUUUAUUCGUCUUAUAUAAAUUUAAGACGGAUUUCCGUCUAAGACGAGAAACUCGUCAGACGGGAAAAGUUGAAACGCGGAGAACCCAUCGUUAACCGGAUUUAUACCAAGACGAGUUUCUGGUCUGAGACGAGUUUCCCGUCUUGGACGGAAAUCCGUCUUCUAAUAUGAAUUCAGCUAAUGACGCGUAGACGUAAACAAUGGGACUCGACUAAUAUAAAGCAAAGCAGCUUAAAGUAUAAUUCACCGUCUUUCCAUAACGUUUUCCCAACACAAGGCUUUUAAAGUGCCCCUAACCUGUUCUAUCCAUUUUUCCGAUUUGCCACGCUGUGUAAAUAACGCGGGAAAGAAUGUAAACUUCCAUUUGUGUAAGUAACAUUUCCCAGAAUACCCUGUAUUUCUAAAUUUUCUAAAGAUCCGACUUGGUCCGACCUAAUCCGACCCGGACUGGCGAUCCGGUCCGACUUUUACACCUGCCUUUAUUGAAAGGUGAUACUUGAAACUUUGAAAAGUACACAUACAUGUUAAAAUCGUGAGCUUCAAGAUUUAAGUGAAAGUAUAUGGUUAGUAAAGUAGUGUACGGUCUGUCACAACAUUUGGUCACAACAUGCACUGUUCGAUUGGAGCUCAUACAUUUUGUUUAUUGUUUUGUUUGCUAUUGGCAUUGAUUGCAAUUAAUUGCUGUUUAUAAAUACGUGUAUUUGCAGCAAGCAAAUUAAAUUUUCAUUUGGAUAUUCAGGGUGCGAUAAUUCGCAUACCAACGUAGCGGAGGUACGGCAAAUUUAUGGUCUGGUACUUCUUUGUUUUUAGGCAAGUACCACGUAGGUACGCGGAAAUUUGCUAUUCGCGUAUUUACAUUUUACUUCUAGCAAUAACUAGCAAACCUGCCAAAGUAUUCAAAACCGUGAAGAAUUUUAGCUGUGCAUGUAAAUUCCACGCAUCCGACAUAUUUUGGGAUGAAAAAAGCCCAAAGGUUAUCUUUCAGCUUGAUCAAAACAUUUAUCGUCAUCGUCCGACUGAAAAAAAAUCGCUCGGGUGAGCGAUUUUAAAAUCGUUAUCGUCAAACGCCGAUAAUUUUAUCGUUUUUGUUGUAGUGUGGAUGGACACCAACAUAAUUUUUUACCAAUCAUCGCAUGUUUACAAGUUAUCGUAUUGUUAUCGUUUUGUGGUGAUACAUGGGCUUAAUUGUCAAUGCUAUACCAAAGCCUAAAAAAAUACCUGUGGUUCCGGUUUCCCGACCGACCCUAUUUUUUUCUGCGCACCCUAUUAUUUUUCUCAACACGAUUGACCGUGCGACCCUAUUUUCUCCGGAUGGUUGCGGGCUGCUCGUACAGCGUGGCAAAAUGGCGUCUGUUGUCACAAUAAUUAUUGAACCAACUUGCCUAAAUUCGUCCGUAGGAACUACGCAUCUCUAGUUAAUAUUGAUGUUGGGACUCUACUGAAAAUCGCCCAGCAAAAAAACGCCAAAACCAUGAAAAAUAUAUUAAAAAAAAAAUUUUAUUUCCGACCUACCUACCCUAAUUUUUCGCGAUAUGAAACCGGAACCACAGGUUUUUUUAGGCCCAAUGAGGAAAACUACACUGUAUGUAGCUGAGGUCAGACUGUUAGCACCUCGGGAAUUCCACUGUAAAUGAGCGAUGGCAUUCGAGUCACAACGUCAACACUUUGAAAACUGUUAUAUUAUGUUGUACAAAUAUACCAUAGACAUAGUUAAAGAUUCAUUUGUACAAAAGCUUUUGGCGGACCAGUAGACUAUACAUAGGUGUAAAAAUGCAUGACUCGGAAGUAGUCUUAGGUACGUCUUGACUCUUAAGUUUGUACCAGAUCAGGUACGUGGCAAAAGUUGUCGGAGUACCAGUCAGGUACGGCUAAAAAUAUUGAAUUAUCGCACCCUGAUAUUGUCUAUUUGUUUUGAAAAUAUUUGCCGACUUAGAUUGAGAAUUACCACUUUUAGGUCGGUAAUUUCUUGCCGACCUGAAAUUUCGGGAGUUUCAAGGACUGCAUAUUUCAACCUGUUUCAACAAUAAAAUACUAUAUGCCAAAAGUAAAAUGGUCAUAAUGCCAAUAUGCCUCAAACCUCUAGGCAGGCCUAGUUUAUAGGAUGUAGCCUGGGCUAGUAAAAAACAAUGGGCCAGAUUGUAUAAUUGGUUUGAGCUAAAUUGUUAUCAAAGUUUCACAUCAUGACAGCUGGAUAUCUGUCUAUCAUUGCCCUACUACUCCAGGGAUCCAACCCCUCCAGGGAUCCAACCCCUCCAGGGAUCCAACCCCUCUAGGGAUCCAACCCCUCCAGGGAUCCAACCCCUGGGGUGCCAGGAGGAUUUGUAUCCAACACCAGUCAAAUCCCAACAAAUACGCCGGGUAUUGCGUGUGAUAUAGGAGUCAAACUUAGGAGUCAAGAUAAAGUCCCUACCCCUGGGUCAGAUUUUGUUCAACUGAACAUUGUCACAAUAAUUAACUUUUUAAUAAAACAGGGCCGGUUGUUCAAAGCUGAGUUAGCUUAACCCUAGGUUAACCGAAAAUUCAAAGCAAACUUCCUGACAGCUUGUCUAUAAAUUUGGAAAUAUUGGUUUCAGAGAUCUUGUCUGGAUCGAUAGGAGUUGUCUUCUCUGAGGUUUUGAAAUAAACAGACAUGUAGAAAUACACAAACUAAAACAGCAGAUUAAAUUUUAACCCAGGGUAAGCGCUAGCCCACCUUUGAACAACCAGCCCCAGGUGUUUAUAUUGUAAGUAUACACAUUUUAGAUUUUGGCCAAAGCCCUUGAUAAUAAGUCCCACAAUUUAAAGAUUUACACACUAUACUUUUAAAUCAUCAAGCUUUGUAUGGUAAGAUAUUUGCCUGCAGUUUUCAUGCAGUGUAAAGAAAUGUGCUGUGCACUUUUAUCUGCAGAGUAGGAGCAAUGAUUAACUGCAUAACAUGGCAAUCAGAUUUAAAAGAAAGCAAUGUCGAAAAUAAUUCAUCCACAGUUGUUCAAUAAACAUAACAACGGGCAGCAAAGCAGGUCUGCAGGUGCUCUACAUAACAGUUGCUGAACAUUGGGUGUCUUCAAAUGGCUUGACAUCUUUUAUGUAAAUUGUGAGAUUUCAUCGCAACUGCAAACGUUCACACGAUUAGAGGAUAUAAUUUAUAUAACUCAUCCACUCGCCUAAUAAAAUAGUAGGUCUAGUGCUGCCCCUGGACCCAAUGCAACAUACAUGUAAUGGGUUAAUUGCAGCUUUGUACUGCAAGCCUUCCAAGAAGGAGGAAUUAAAUGCCUGGUGCAUAAGGAAUAAGUAUGUACCACUUGGAAACCAAGCAGCUUAGGUCUCAAAAUAGUAAAUUUGAAUGCUUUUUGUUUCAAUCUUUUUGGUGUAGUGUGAAUGUAGUUAUAAUAGUAAAUUUGUAAUAGGGUGCAUCAACUACAAUUAAGGUCCAUCACAACUUAAUGGUCUGUUGAUCUAUGUUUUUGUGGGAAUUUAAAUAAAGACUACACUUUUGAACUUGAUAUUAAACUCCAUGGACAUGUAUGCAUACUGUACUUUGUGGUUUAUGCAUCUCAUUUAAUUUUAUUUAUAUUACAGGAAAAGAUCUAGGCCAAACUAUCACAGAAGAGAGGUUGGUGUGAAUUAAGUAAUAUACUGUACAUACUAGCCAUUUCAAACAAAGAUAAUAUUGAAAAAUUAAUUACAUAUAGUAUCUAGGAUAUUAAUUAUAGUAUCGGUAUCUAGGUCCUAGGAUAUUAAUUAAUAGUACCUAGGAUAUUAAUUAUAGUAUCUAGGAUAUUAAUUAUAGUAUCUAAGAUAUUAAUUAUAGUAUCUAGGAUAUUAAUUAUAGUAUCUAGGAUAUUAAUUAUAGUAUCUAGGAUAUUAAUUAUAGUAUCUAGGAUAUUAAUUAUAGUAUCUAGGAAAUUAAUUAUAGUAUCUAGGAUAUUAAUUAUAGUAUCUACUGUAGGAUAUUAAUUAUAGUAUCUAGGAUAUUAAUUAUAGUAUCUAGGAUAUUAAUUAUAGUAUCUAGGAUAUUAAUUAUAGUAUCUAGGUUAUUAAUUAUAGUAUCUAGCAUAUAAAUUAUAGUAUCUAGGAUAUUAAUUAUAGUAUCUAGGAUAUUAAUUAUAGUAUCUAGGAAUCAGAGUUCUCUGGAAGCAAGAGAGUCCAGAGUGCAUGCUGGCCCAUAAACAUGCAGUGCUACUUUUCAAAUUUUAAUCAUCAUGAGAUAUUUCAAGUUGACUGUGGGUGUUAAUAUUGCCAUUGGUACAGUCAAUAUUGCCAUUGGUACAGUCAAUAUUGUUUCGACUGUGUUGUUAAAAUACACAAUGAAAAUAGUCACCAAUAGUAUUGUAAUUUCACUUCUUGCAAUACAUGCCAGGGUGUUAGCCACAAGACUAAAAAAAUUGGCAAUUUAAUGAAAUUUCAAAUUAUCCAUUUGUUUAAAAUGUUAACAAUCAUGUAUCUUCAAAUUGUUAUGAGAAAAAAAAUAUGCAUCUUUUGAACUGCUGUCAAACUGUAAAAUAUCAACAACAAUUUUUUACCGCGAUGAAUUUUUAAGUUACAAGCACUGUGUUUACAAAAACAAAUCCGCUCUGGAUCCUUCCUUACCACAUAUUUGAUAGUUUUUUUUUAAUGCUGGAUGGUUUGGUGUGAAUGCUGGGUAUCACUGAUGAGUGCUGUUGCUGGCCACCAUAGGCAGAGUCUUGGCCAAUAAGUUUCAGAAAUAUUAAUCAAACAGAGUUAGAUAAGUACAGUACAGAAUGAAACAGAGUUUGAAGUUGAAGUGCAUAUAAUAAUUUUUGGAUUACAAUGUUGACCAUCCCCAUUUCCAAAUUUUGAAAUUGAUUACAGGAGUUCAGUAAGGAAUUUUACUUUGAUCUGGUUAGAAACGACUCCUUAAACUCCAGAUUUUUUCAUUCUUGAUGUGGUAAUAAUAAUAAUGAUCUGGCAUUUUUCGGUAUUGGUAGUUUAUAUUCAGUACUGGAAACUAAGAUACUUCAAGUUUUCCAAUUUUCCCCAGGUAUAUAAUUAAGUACUCCAUACAAUAUGUGACUAAACAGUAUUUUAUGAUGGAUUUUUAGUGAAAGUAAACUAUCUGCUGAUGCACCAGAAUUUCAACCAGAAGCUAAAAAGAAGAAACAAGAAGCUGGGAAAGAAGGAGAACAGGUAAGGCUUACAAUGUACUAUUUUAGUACAAGGUGUGAGUUUGCACUAUUGUAAUGUCUGGAAACUUUAAAUAAUUAUGGUGUGAAAGGACCCCUGAUUAUUUAUCCACCUAUUGUAACAGGACGUCCUGGUUAAGUAAUAGGGAGGUUUAGAUUUUAGAACGAGUACGGGUAUACGAGUUCAAGUUUGGAGAAAUGGACUGGGGCCAACUUGAACUCGUACUCAUCAGGCAUCAGCCAAAGAUUUGUUUGUAUGUCAGCCAAUGCGCUCAUCACCGCCCAUGACGUCAUCAGCAUACAUACAAAGGGAUGACGCCAUACCGUGUUUUCCCGCCAUAUGGCGUCAUUGUACUAUUAAGGGGUGUGCGCACUAAGUAGAGGAUUUGCGUCGGAUCGGAUUGGCCUUUUUGAAUCCGAAGUUUUUAUAAUUAAAUCCGAUGCUAAAAAUCGCAGUCCGAUCUGAAAUAUCGUAUCUGUGAUCUGAUCUAAAAAAGCAUGUGUUACUUAUACAGUACUUCAAUUAUCUAUCACCAUGCUAAAACAAAAUCAUGGCAGAUUGACAACGGCAGAAACGCGCAUUGAAAAUGUUUUGCAUUCGUAAAGCCAACAAAGAAACAUAAUUAUGUAUUAUGAAGAAUAAUCCGUAGCUAUAUUAAUAAUACAUCAGCACAUAUAAUGGGAAGCGGGAACAGGGUAAACUAACAUUUUGCAAACAAAAUGUUAGUUGAAGCCUGGAUGAUACAAAUACUAUAGACUAUCCAAAUUGUGAAGCAAACGAAAAAAGUCGACGUAAAGUGGUAGAUUAACUCUGUUUUCGUGUGUUUAAUGACGUUAACAAAUAACAAAAUCUGAUACAUAGCCAGUAGGAAAAUUUAAUCCUAUUCGAUCCGACGGAAAAACUACCAAAAUCCGAUCCGACAGAAAAAAAAAAUCCGGUCCGAACACGUAAAAUUUGGUCCGAAUCUGAUCGGAUUCGUACACCUCUGGCACUAAGAGGUGUGCGCACUAAGGGGUUUCGAUGUUAGGUCGAUGUGGGGUCGAUUUAAGGCCGAUGUCGGACAUUGGUAUCUGGGCCUCUUAGUGGGCACACCCCUUAGUGCUUUUUGAUCAGUUGUCAUAUCAACUUUGCACUAUCUUUGGGAUCUCUGAGUUGUUGUUAUUCGUGUAUUUAAAACUGCCGCUUGCUAUAAAAUUACAUACCGCGGGCCCAGUGGCGUGCUGAGUACUAUUUUUCUGCAGGGGCCAGUGGGCUGUCAGCCAAUAUGCGCCCCUAUAAUGUUACACUUGAUAAACGAGGGCCGCUAAACGAGGGAUUUCCCCCAGGAAAAAUUUUGAAUUUAGAGUCUCUGAAAUGCCAUUUCCUGGACUUUGGGGGAAGAUUUGACAGAAAUCUGAUGGUCAGGAAACGGCAUUAUAACGUGUCGAAAUUUGCAAUUUGGUUAGAAUUUAGUAGUAGUACUUAAACUAUGCAAUGCUAACUACUUCCAGCGAUUAAUCUAAUCCCAAUUCUGUUCUCUACUGAUCUACUGUUCUGAGCACAUUUACAACUUAAAGCUCUUUCAUACAAUAACACGCGCACCCCACACAUAUGCAUUUUAAGGUUUCUUUGCCUGGCUGCCAAAAGGGCAUGUUUCAGCAUUAUUUCAUUACUUACAUUACUCAUGCUUCUUGUGCAAACAACUAUAAAUUGCGUACACAACUUUAUAUCAGUUUUCAUAACUUCAACUAUCUAAUUUGCGCCGCUCUCGUGAUUCGUGAAGCAUAAUAAAGGGCAUAAUAUAAGGGCAUAAUACCAGCAAAAAAGGGCAUAAUUCCCGUGAUCGCUUCGCUCGAAACCUGACCAAUAUUCCGGUAAUGAGACAUUGCCUGUGAUCACUGAUCAUGUUUCUAUAUGAACGAUUUCGUGUGAGCUGUGAGGUAGCAAAUACGGUUAGACAAAAUAGUCUGUAAUUUAAUAUACUGUAUGUCGCCAAUGCGCUUAGUCUGUUUUAUACUGUAGCCUAUAAACACGUCUUUUCUUGGCGGAUAAACACGUCUUUUCACGAGAAUGCGUUUUUUCCCACCCACUUUCAAAAUUCGGCGCCCCUUUUUCAUUUUUGCGCCCCCCCCCCCAAGAAUUGCCAGCUGGGGGCGUGGCCCCCCGCCCCCCCUGCCAGCACGCCACUGCGCGGGCCAACCUGUACAUAUAGCUCAUUUAUCUGCUAGCAGAUAACUGUAUUAUGUGUCGUCACUGUAUAGGUUGCGUGAUUUCCAUAUUUAGCUGUAAGCUUUUGGCCAAUCAGAAGACAUGUAAUGACUACAACGUAUGCAUGCACGUGUACACGCAUAAAACAUUUUGGUUAACAUGUAUUGAUUGAUAGUGAAUUGAUUGAUUUUGGACAUCCUGUAAAAUAAAUGGGUUGAUGUAAGAAGCUGCAGCAUUUAUGUACAUUGUAUUUAGAGUAAUGAUGAAGAUGACGACGACGAGGAAGAUGAUGAUGAUGAAGACGACGAUGACGAUGACGACGAAGAUGACGAUGAUGUUAAAAUCAUCAUCGGCGAUGUAAAUGCAGAUCCUAACGCAUACAGGUUAGUUAAGCAGAAGUAACACUCAUUGCAACAUUUAUUAUUAUAGUGUUUAAAGGAUAUAGCAACAAAAAUUAAGUUCGUCCGUUUGAUAGAACUUUUAAAAUUACAGUAGGCUAUAUAAUUAUGAAACUUCUCUUCCGAUUUUUGUAUCUGCGAAUGCAGAUAUAUUGUUCGUAUUUUCCCGAGUUUUUGAGAUAAUUCGACUGAAAACAAUAGGCUGUCCGCCAACUUAUUAACGGUGGUAUCUGGGUGUUGUGACUAAAACUACUCCCAGGUGACCAAAUACCAAUUAGUGCGCUUUAAAAGUGUUGUCAGUCAAUUUGUUACUUGAAGUAGUGACCGAAGUAUAAUUAUGGACUCAGAAUGACCGUUGCAUAUCUGGGUGAAGUCACUGAAAUAUUUGCUUAUGACGUAAGCGGACUUCUCAUUUAUAUACAGUAUAUACUUUAUCUGGCACUUUUCUGGAACAUGGGUAUACUUUGCGUACGGUGCUGAUCGCACAAUAUGGCAUUUCUAAAAUUUCGUAUUAAGUUCAUAAUGCUUUUAUUUCUCUGUGCAUGUGCGUCAAUUAUGGAAUUAUUACCAGAAUUUGCAUUCUGUAAAAAAAUGGUCUUACAGAAAAAAACUUUAAUUUUACUUUGUUCUCGUUUGUUUUAUGAUUUUGUUUGUAAAUGUUUUGAACUAAAACUUCCCAAAAGUAUUGGCUGUUGAUAUUUGUUGCGUUUUUUUUUUGUAGUGCUCCCUACGGCCAUCCAGUGAACUGGAAUUUUAAGUCAAGUACUGGAAGCACGCCUGCUAAAGCUGCAACACCUGGAGGUAUUUUUUCGCUGUUCUAUGUUUAUGAUAUUUGUUUUCAAUCUUUUUUCCACCAUCCAAUACUUUCGCAAACAAACGGUUACAUUUUUUCGAAAUUUCAUGCAAACUGUAUAAUUUGUUGAAAAGUGUGUUAUCUCCUCUUAAUAUUAACUGAAGUAAUAUUCUUUAAAAAAAUACCAUGUACAGUAUAUAAAACUAUGUCUAAGCGCCGUCGAACGAUAAUGAGAGUUGGUGAGAGUUGACGAGUUCGCGUUUGACCGCCAACUGUCAACUCUUGCACUCUAAUCGAUUCUCAUCAAUUUUGAACAGGUUCAAAUCUUGAUGAGAGUUUAAUAAUUGAGACGAAACUUUGACCGAUAUUGAUAUCCCAUCAACUCUCAUGCAACUCUUGACAGUCUUGUGCUCGUUUGAAAAGCGCAUGAGAGUUGAGAAAAGUGAAGUAGAGCAAAGCUAUACUUGUGUGGUAUAUAACCUUGAUUAUCUUUAAUACGUCUUAAAAUGGAAGUUCCUUGUCUCAGAACUAUUUCAAUUAAUGUAAUUAUGUUUCAAACCUAAAUGAGUACUUCAUAGGACAUAUUAGAUUAUGACAUGAUAUUAAUUAAAAUGCGCAUGUGCAUGUACUGCGUAAAGUACAAUAUGACCCAUAUACUGUAACAUGCUUGUUUGGUCGAAAGCGUGGUUUGCCGUUUGCUCGUAACUACAUGUCGCGUUGCCAGUGUUGACGAUUGUGGAUUACAGUAGUCUUGAUAUUUAAGGCCCUGUCACAAAAAAUGUUUCUGUCUCGUCGGGCCUCGCCGUAUGCUACCGUAUGCGACCGUGCUUGAAACGCAUACAACCUGUGCCUAGCGUACCCCCAGCGUAUGUCAGCGUAUACCAGCGCAUGAGUGAUAUUUUUCAUACGCUGGCAUACGCGCUAGUACGAUAUGCAAUAGUGUUUAGUCUGCGAACCGUCGAAGAAUAACGAGCUGUAGUACCUUAAAGCAUGAACAACCUGUUUGAAAUCGCAAACAGUCAACAGUAAUGCAUGGUAGUGAUUUUUUAUUUAGAAGAGUUCGCUAUAGUGGAGCAAUUAAAAAAUUCAAAAACAACAAGUUGCAAAAGGCUUGACCAGGCCUUAAAAUAUCUUUUACAGGGCUGUCUGACAAAAUGUCCGAUGACUUAGAGUUUGGGUCGGACAUAUGUAUGAUGAUGUACGAUGACCUUCAGUUCAGUUUGGCUCGGAAAUAAGUCUGAAUGACACAAAUAUCAGCAUAAUGUAUUAAUUCUGAAUUGUAAAUGUUGUGAAGAUAUUAAAUAAUUUGUGUCAUUCAUACUUAUUUCCAAGCCAAAAUUAACUUGCAUGCCAAUAACAAAGAUGUCGACACUUAAGUUCGUUUUCCACUUCACCAUUUCGCUCGCCGCCGACGACAUAUUGAUUUACGUUGGACAAAGUUACCAUUCGGUCGGACACCAAUACACUCGUGUCGGACAAACAAUAAACCUCAGUUUCAAUUAGGUCGGACAGAAUGUCCGCGUAUUUCCUCACUACGUCGGACAAUUUCGCGAAUGGGUCGGACAAUGUCCGUGACCGACCGAUAUUUUAAGGCCUGGCUUGACUUGUAUACUUUAUUUCAUUAGCACCAGUAAAAGGAGUUAACGUCGAUGGUGUUGGUACAGUGAAUGGUGUGAAUAUCUAUGAAUAUGACCUCGAUACAGGUUCUGAAGACAAACCAUGGAGAAAACCAGGUGACUGGAUUUUUAUUUUAAAAUUAUUUCGCAUAUUCUUUACGGAAUGUAAACCGGAAUAUCGUACAUACGGAUUAAUAUAUGUACUGCUGAAGGACUCAAACAGAGUCGUAUGACGGAAAAAGAUGAAAUGCAAGAUCUGCAUAUUGGUGGACAAACAGUAUACUUAAAUAUUGCUUGUUCAUUGUAUGCAAGGUUAUGCAUGUUAUACAGAUUGAGAAGCAGUAUACAAAGACUGUGUUUGUCAUGUUUGUGUUCUAUAUGCAUGAAUGUUAUGUUCUAUAGGUGCUGAUAUUACAGAUUACUUUAACUACGGCUUUACGGAAGACACGUGGAAACAAUAUUGUGAGAAGCAAAGACGGUUACGUAUGGAUCUCAACAUGCCAAAGAAAACUUUCGUAGUAUGUGUGAAGUUAUUUUUCUGAUCAGUAAAUAAUAAGUACGCGAUAUAUUCUCUAUCAUCUACUGUAAGCCUUAAGUUACCUAUUUAUUAUAUAAACAUAAGUGUUAUAUAGAGUUUUUGGCCACUGAGAAAAAUCGUAUUUAAACACACGUAAAAAAUACGAUAUUUUUACGUGUGAAAAUAUCAGUUGUUGUAAAACGCAUUGCCAGGUGAAGCUUCGACUACUAACUUUGCACGCUUUCAGAUUUAGGCCGAGAUUUAGGAUGUUUAAAUUCUUUAGUCCGUUCCUUGAUGCAUCCCUAUACCACAUUCAAGUUUGGCACAUAUCUCAUUUUCCUCCCUAUAAUCUUCACGUUCACACUAUACUGUUAAAUUUUUGUACGGCAGGGAUAAAACUGGCACCCGAUACCAAAUUUAUCCAUACCCUUCAUGUAAAAGGUAGUCUGAGCACGGUGAAAUGGUGGUACGGGUAGUCGGGUGCCGUAAUUGAGCGUAAUGUAAACGGGGUUUAGGUUCUGCAUUGUCAUGUUACGGCUCUAGUCCGUUCCUUGGUGUUUUCCAACCGAUCUGAAAUAGCCAUGUAUUUUCGCUUCCUUCCCUUACAGGUUCAACCAGGGAUUCCGAGUUUUCCAGCACCUGCACCUGAUACAAUUGUCCUGCCCGAUGGUACAGGUAAUAAAAUUUGAAACGUUAUAGAUUUCUUAAAAUAAAAUACGUAGCUUUCAGCAUGUGUGCAUCGCAUUGGUGGAUAGCUCUAUAGUCUAUUUUUUUCCAAACGGAAUCACUGGAUCGUUACCAUUGCAAACUUUUCAUAGAAAUUAAUGAUUUCCGUUUCUGGAAGAUAUAAAAUGGAAUAGCUUUGCCGGAUUUUAAAACGAUUUAGAUUUUAGAAUUUUGAAGACUUCGAAUGAAAACAAAGAAUUAAAAUUGUGCAUACAGCAUUUAGUGAAACCUAUGGCACUGAUUAAAUCCUAUUUAGCCUUAUAUUUUCCAGUACAGAAGGAUCUAGUAAUAUCCAUAGAUGACUUUUCUUUUCAUUCCAGUUAAAAAGAGAGCUGGUCCUCCUCCUGAAAGAAAACCAGAAGGCAGCAUUGAUGUGAUUGGUGGAGAAAAUUCGCGAGGUGAGUAUAUAACAUCAUUUUUCAAACUACAGUUACUGUAUGUACAGUAUAUAUGAAAGAAUCACACCCCUAUACUGUACGCUAGCUAUAUGCCCAUAGUUUGUUGUACAAUUUGAUAUAAGUUUUUAAUCUGUUUUACUCGAAUUAGAACGAAAAGCUAAAAUGGUUACAAUUUAUUGUUAUAAAAUAAACGUAAAUAUAUGUUAAAUAUAUUUUUAUUUACUUUAAUUAAAGUUGAAAGUCGUCGUCGUCCAAAUGAAGAUGAAAUGGCUCACCCGAUGCAGGAAGGACUGCCCCCGCCACAGCAUAUUUUACCGCAAGGUAUAAGUAUUAACAAUUAUUGUUUCAACCAAUGUCAUUGUUAUGUUGUAAUCAAGGGUUUUAAGCACGAACGGUUAGUUCUCCAGCUACGGCCACUAGUUUGUUGAAUGAUACGAAGUGAUUGAAAUCUGAAGGCCGGUUGAACGAAGACUUGAUGAUUAUGUUUUUGAAUUGUGCAUGUAUUUUAAAGAUUGUAUACUUAUGCCAGUAAAUGGUAAUGUAAAGUAAUUGACCAAUAUUGUAAUAAUAAACAAUUAUUAGAUGAGGCUGAGCAUGAUAUCAAGAAUUAUUCAGACCGAGGUCAAUGUUAUCUGCCGAAGCGAAGCUGAGGCGAAUAACAUUGACCAAUAAUUGUUUUAUUAUACAUUAAGACAUCAGAAACGUAUAAAACGAUUAAACGAAGUCUACUGUGAGCCAUUUUGUUUAUUUUAUUUUCGCGCGCUUUUGGGUUUGAGUUGUUGGCCACGCCGGGGCUUGGGCACGACAGCGUCCAGUUUUUCAAUCCAUUCUCGUACCUAGAGCCCUUCUUACGCGCGGUGCGACGAGGGGCUCUGGCCAAAUCCAUAACCGGAUACCAUAAAAACAUGGUAAUAGACUAUAUCCGGUAUUAGAACAAUAACCUUCGUUGUGGCCAAUCAGAUGCCAGUUUGAUAUGGAUUUGGCCAGAGCUCCUCGUCGCGCUUCGUUGACCGCGCGUAAGAAGGGCUCUGGGUACGAGAAUGUAUUGGACGCUGUGCACGUUAGCAGCUGAAAUUACGUAAUAAGUACCGAAUAUUGAGAAUUAUCCGCUGCUCUCUGACCAAUCAGGAACGAGAAUACAUAGUAAAUGUAUAAUAAUUAUAUUUAUUAUAUAUUCAAAGUCUAUUCUCGUUCGUGAUUGGUCAAAACGCGUCGGAUAAUUCUCGGUAUCGGAAAAAAGUUGUAACUUUAUCUGUUUAUCCUCAAUAAAUAAAAUAAAAAAAAAAUAAAGCCGUCGCGUUAUUUCAGCUGCUGACGCCAUCAGCAUGCAAUAAUGUUUUUUUUUGUCGGUCCAAAUAUAUCCAAUAAUACUUUCGGUCCAAAAAAAGUAUUAUUGCACGCUGUGGUUACCAAGCCAGGCAAUAGUCGCUUAGAAUUCUCCUCCAUUGGAUGAAGGUUUUCUAAAGAGCAAGCAGUUUCAAUUCUCUAAAUGGAAAAAUAAUUGUAAUAAUGGUUUCACAUCUGUCCCAAUCUCUCAUUCAAGUCUCAAAUUUCUUACCAAGGUCACCCAGGACUGCCAACCAUGCAUCCUCCGAUGACAGAUCCUGCUCCACAUUUUAUUCGUCCACCUGAGGGUCCUCCUACCUCGCACCCACCUAACGUAAACCCCAUCCCCCCUGCUAUGGCUCGGAUUCCGACGAUGAGACCUCCGUUCAUGCAUGAAGGUAGGUAUAAUGAUAUUUUCCCUGUUCCCUAGUUGUUGCUGUUGUAGUGUUGAGGUCAUCUGAAUAUCGCAUUCCACCUACUCCUUGAAUGUCUAACUUAUGUGCCAUAAGCUAUCCAUGCACUAAAUUCAGUGAUUCAACCACAAACAAGACGCUCUUUUGAGCGUUAGUCGCUGGGGCUAUUGCAUAUUUAUUGAUUGAGAUUAAGGUUGCCUUUUGCUUGUUUACAGUAUGUCUUCAUAUGAAAUUGUUUUUGUCAAAAAUGCGAUUCAAAGAUAUAUAAAAAAUGUCCAUCAAAUUAGGCAAAAAUACCCAUGGUUUAAAAACAUCUUCCGCGGGAAAAAAGUUUUAAAAAAUUCAAGAAAAUAUUCUGAGCUAUAUAAAAAACCCGACCCCGAUUUCGUUUCACUUCGUACGCACGCAAUGCCUUUGACGAAUACGCCACCGGCAAGCUUCGCUUAAAUUUAUGGUUUACUUAACGGACAAACAACGUUGUCACUGACAAACAACACCCGGGAUGUAGUAAAAUCCCUUGGAAAAGAAUUUUACUUACAAAAAGUGUUUAAAACUCUUCAGGCCGUUUCCACUGAGAGGCUGAUGGUAAUAAGCAAGUUUCAUGGUAAAUCGCAGCACAAUCAACACAACUGAAUUUUUAUAAUAAUGCCAGCUGCCGCCUGUCGGAAACUGUUUACUGGGCAAUACUGUAAUUCAAAGUAUACUCGUUUUCGAUAUUGCAAAACAAAUCAGAAAUUUUAACGGCUCAUCUUUCUGAACAAGAUAACUGACAAAAUAAUAUUUGCCAUCUGUAAAAGUUUUUUAAAUCAACAUGUAGCAUAGCAAAUUUGACUGUCCGGAGACUGCUGACGCCGUAUAUUUGUAAUUUUGAACUUAUCCACAUUCCCUUUCGCCUGGUAUCAAACUGAACUUUUCUUCUAUGAACCAAAACAGCUUCUCUGGUAUUCGUUAAUCUUCCAAUUUUAACGUAAAUCCAAUUCACAAAACUUAUAUAUUUGUUUUAAAACUGUACCGCUCCUUGACUUCAGCGUUAGCUUUUCGCAUAAUAAAUCAGGUUUGUCGUCCAGCUAUAUUUUGCGCUAUUUGGCGAUUUGUGACCACCCAAAAUUCAAGAUCCAAGAUUGGAGGAAGGCGAAACCCAUAGUCACCUGGGCCCCAGCCACUAAUUAUUUCUCCAUUUUGCUGGACUAUAAGCAACUGUGAAAAAAGUUGUAACGUUUUCCUUUUCAAAUCUAGUGAAAAGUCUGGACCUAGGGAUAGCCUCAGUCUGCCACCUGCUGAACUAUAUGAUUUAGUCGGCGUCAAGCUUUUCGCAUUUGUGCAGAAGGAGUGGCGAUAUUGUAUAGCUCAUUAUAAAAUAAAAGUCUGCCUACUUUGCCCUGAGUCUUCAAUUUAACUAAAUUUAUUAAAUAAUUUGACUUUGAUUUAUUGAUCUGUGGUUCUCUCAACAUGAUAAAUAACACCAUAAAAUCAUCGCGAUGUCAUAAAAUUACAUCUCUCAUCAGGCAGGCAACAAUGUGCCCUUUAAUUCAUUUGUAGGAGGCAGCUUCUUUGUUGCUUGCGUUAAUGUGUUUGUAACAUUAUUUAGACAGCGUCUUUACAGUAUAUCUAUUUUUCAUAAUGCAUGCAGUAUAGUAUCUUCAUGACGACAUUUAUUUGAUUUAGCAAAUCGUCCACCCCACGGUUUUCCACACGGGAUGCCACGCAUGCAGCCUCCUGGAUUUCACCGUGAGAUGAUGAUGCCUCAUGAGGGGAUGAUGGGACCGCCGUUUGAUAUGGGUAAGGUUCACUUUUGUGUUUUAAUUCAUUUACGCGAUCGAAUUUUGCCAGUUGAUAAGGCACAGUUUUUAAUAUCGUGUGCUACGCCCCAACUUGAAAUCAAUGCAUGCAUGUACAGCAACCCCUCGCCUUUCUAACUAAAUAUUUACCAAACAAUAUUUCAACAUGAAGUAGUUCUACUGUAAUUAGCCAACCGACAACUGAGCGCUGGCUAACGUCAUGUGCAUGGUAGUCAUGGUUUCACGAUCAGUUUGUUUUUUCUUGGAAAUACGAGCGCCCAAUUUUAUUUCUUUUUCCACUUUUUUUCCACCUUGCUAAUGGAUAACUCAGUAAUCGGCCGAAGAUUUGCAUGUUUGCGUUGGGAAAAAAGCGAAGAAAGUACAGACAUUUUAAUAAUACGGUAACAUUGCCAGUUUCCGAAAUAUAUAUUGUAUACUGUAGGUAUGUUAUACAUUCUAUAAAGUUCGACUUUAUGAUAUAUCCAGCCGUAAGGUGGAGUUACACGAGCAACAAAAUUGCUGCAACUUGCAACAAAAUCUGACGCAUGUUAAGUGAAAAUGUUCACACAUAAAUUACAAAUCACAAGGCAACAUGUGUCGACAUUUCUACUUAACAUGCGUUGAAAUCAGAUUUUGUUGCACUCGUGUAACUCCAGCUUUAGACUCUUCGUAAAACGUUUCGAAAUUUUCAUAAAAAAACUUCUGUUUGCCAAUUAAUUAUUUUAAAUUCGUCUAUAGUUUGAUACUGUUUGCUCGUUAAAAUAAUUUUGCUUUCAAAGCAUUGUGCAUGGAGGGGGGGGGGGGGGGGGUGUUUUAGUGGUGGCAUGCCAGUUCAAUCCCCAACGAACGGUUGAAGAUGAUGCAUUAAUAUUUUCAGAUGAUUAGAAAUGAAACGUUAUUGUUUUUAUUUUAAUACUAGGUCGUGGUCGAGGAUUUCCCAUGCAUCCAGGCAAAAUUCCUAUAAUGCCACACGAUUUCCCAAUGGAUGAAAGGUAAUUCACUUUCGUUUUAGUUUUUAUACUCGAAGUGUUCAGUAUUGCAUUUGCAUUGCAUGUUAUGUGGAAACAACUUGAAUAGCAUGAAGUGGUCCGUUGGAACUUCUUCUGGUGAUGAAUGAGAGGAUUUCUGUGGAGUGUGGACACUAAUAGAUGAAUAAUUUUAAACUACAUACUAGAUCUAUUCAGUGUACAUUACUACUCCAGUCCAGGCUGUGCAAAAUAAAUAAAUAUUAUGAAUCUAGUCAAUGAAUCUGACAGGGGUGGAAAAAGAUUUUAUUUUCUUCGACCACUGGAGAAUAUAUAUAAUCUCUAAGGAAUCAACAGUUCAUAAUAAACAACAUUUACGGAAGCAAACUUGUGCUGAAAUUGUGUCCAAAUUCAUACCCUUUUAAGGAGUUGGAAUGGGUUAAUAUUUGACCAAGUUGGGUUCGACGGGUUCACUGUUGAGCUACCUGCUCAAGAGGUUUCAAACUUCAUCUGUGUCUACCGACUGCGGUAUUAUUUCUUUCGAUUUGUGUUGAUAUUUUUCUAUUUUCUUUCUGCUGACCACAAGAAUUUUCUCUCCCUUUAAAUUUGCAGGCUUCAAGUUCCUAUGAUGGAUGAAAACGGAAUGUUUCCAGGUAUGUUUUGGUGUAUAUUUGCUUGUUCAGACUAUGCCUGUUCAUUUUAUAUCGCCAUCUGCAUAUUUUAUAGUGUGAACAUAGUCGAGAGUAUAGUAUAUAAGAGAGUGGAAUAAUAUGGACUCUUUAGGCAUCUCGUUCGAUAUAACUGAAUAUGGAGCUUAAUUAAUGGAUGGGUAUUUGUUGAUGGAAUUUUCGAACGAGAGUGCAAUACCAGAUAUAGUACUACAGUGCGGUGCCCUGGAGCAUGCGCAAAAUAGUACGUUGGCGGCUUAGCCAGGUGCACCACCGGUGCGAAGACAUACUUUCAUGAAUGAAACUCAAGGCUUAUGAUUCUGAACAAACCCAAUAUAAAGCGACGCCUAACUUGUUUAGGCACCGCAAUUUGAAGGAAAUGUAUUUUCUAAUACUUUACACAAAUCUUGAAGUCACUGCAGGAAUAAGCCACUUUAACCAGAGCUAGCCCGAAACGCAGCCUAGACCUAGACCUUCUAGUCUUAUUUAUAUUUUUUAGUAUUCAGCGGUUUUUCACAUCAAAAGACUGGGACUAGGUGAUUUGGGGGCGGGGCGGAGGAACCAAGCCUAGAAGGCCUAGUUGAUUUCCCAACAACAAGGCCAAAACUGCCCUGAAACUGCCCUGGUUGCGAAAUGCCAAAUUAUUGCGUUCUCAAACAGAAUUAUUUGCAACUUAACGGCGAAUUUAAACCGAUACAGGUAAAAUAAACUCAUUUAUAGUAUAAACUUACUAUUUUUAUUUGUAUACACGUCUAGAAAAUCGGUUUUUUAUCAUAAAGUUCGAAGGAACACUAUUAUUUAAUAUGUUGACAAGGUGUAGCGAAAGAACAAAAUGAGUCAAAAUAUAUACCAAAAGUAGAAUCUUUCAUGAAAUUUUGUCUUAUACACAAGUACAUUAAUAUAUAUUUUCUCAAUUUUGGCAAGAAGCGGUCUUGUGUUUGUAAAAUAUACAAAAUAAAACGGAUACAUAUAUUAUUAGCCCGUACAGUACUGUAUAUAAAAACGUACAUUGUUUAUACAAAUGGUAUAUCUGUAAUAUUUGAACACUAAUUUCAAAUUCCUCAUUCCCAAUUCGCAAAUAUAGUAUUCAAAGCAAAACAGUAGAUUGUCUUGCGAAUAAAAGAAUUAUUAUUUUGUGCCGUUUCGCUACACCUUGUCAACAUAUAUAAAUAGUGUUGUUUCAAACUUUAUGAUAAAAAACCCGAUUUUCUAGACGUGUAUACAAAUAAAAAUAGCAAGUUUAUACUAUAAAUGAGUUUAUUUUACCUGUAUCGGUUUAAAUUCGCUGUUAAGUCGCAAAUAAUUCUGUUUGAGAACGCAACAAUUGGGCAUUUCGCAAUCAGGGCAGUUUCAGGGCAGUUUUGGCCCUGUUGUUGGGAAAUCCACUAGGCCUUCUAUAUUUUCGCUUGCGUCAGGCUUGUGUCCUUCCUCCGCCCCGCCCCCAAAUUACCUAGUCCCAGUCUUUUCAUGUGAAAAAGCGCUGAAUAUUAAAAAAAUAUAAAUAAAAAUAGAAGGCCUAGGUCUAGGCUGCCCGAAACGGACUCAUGGAGAUUCGUUUUCCCCUGUCAAUUUUUGAAAAACAUAACCCUAUACGAAGCGCUAUAUUUAAAAUUUUCAUUAUUCUUGUGAAUAUUACAGUUGGUCUACCUCCCGGCAUGCCUUUCGAUCCUAUGAUGGCUCGCGGCUUUCCUCCACAACACGGUGGACCACGUGAUCCGCGUGACCAACGUGAUCCUCGUGACCAGCGAGAUUCGCGUGACCAACGCGACCCACGUGAGCAACGUGAUGGAGAGGGUGAAGAUGAUAAACGCACUGAUGAAGAAAGUGAUGGUAGUGAAGAUGCCGGCCGUUCGCGAAAAAGACGCGACAGAGACCGACACCGAGAUCGAGAUCCAGAACGGCGCGAUAGGUAAGUACAUAUUGUUUUUAAAAUAUUUUCACUGUUUUUUGUUCAGUUUUGUUUUGUUGUGGUAUAUGCUAAUGUUCGCGUUUCGGUGAAUAUCCUUGCACCAUUCACCUCCACUUCGGUGAAUAAUUGUUAAUUAGUUUUACGUAUUUUUGUAAAUUUUAGUAUCAUUUAGUUUAGUUGGGUUGUUUAGUUUAGUUUUAUUUAGUUUUCGUGCAAUAGACCUUUCCCCUUAUGAGUGAAAUUUUGAUCUAGAUAUGCCUGGACAAAAAUUUCAUCACAGCUUGAAAGAGCAUCACAAAAUUAGUAAUAUUCCGAAGUUUCGUUACGAAAUGUUGUAAAAUGCGGAUAAUAUAGCCUUGCGAAGUUUUCCGUUUUUCAGUCAUUUUUCAUUACAAACGGGAAAUUGAUAAUCAGAUGAUCAAACUGAUUAUCAAUUUCCCAUUUGUAAUACAAAAUGACUGAAAAACGGCAAACUUCGCAAGGCUAUAUUAUCCGCAUUUUACAACAUUUUGCAACGAAAUAUUAAGGCCCGUUUACACGGACGAUUGUGGCUGCGAUUUUAGUUGCGAUUUUCUCCUUUUGGAGAAUAUGAAGGAGUAGAUUACUUAAUGACGUUGUUAUAAAAUUUCAUAACCUGGAACAUUUAUAACUCAUCCACUCCUUCACAUCGCCCGUGUAAACGGGCCUUUACUAAUUUUGUGAUACUCUUUCAAGCUGGGAUGAAAUUUUUGUCCAAACUUGUCUAGAUCAAAAUUUCACUCAAAGGGGGAAAGGUCUAUUUGGGGCUUGAUUGCUAACUAUCGCGUACGUAUUUCAGAGAUCGUAAACGUGACCGUGAUCGCGACCGAGAUCGUGACAGGGAUCGUGACAGAGAUCGCGAUAAAGAACGAAGACAUCGUGAUAAAGACAAAGAUAAAUCUAGGAGAGAUGUAAGUCACUAUUAGGGCUGUUUACAUAAUCCCGGCUAGCUGGGACAGGAUGGAAGGCGGGAGGUAUUAAAAUAAUUUACCAGGCUUAGCUCCAACGCCGGUUAAAGGGAUAUGGUAAUAAAAAUUAACGUCUCAUUUGAAAGAAUUUUUUUACAACUUUUUCGUAGCUUGCUUGGUUUUCGAAAUAUUUUGACCAAAAACAGUGUGCAAUCCUCCAUCUUGGUAUUAUAAUUGACCUAAUUAACUGAAUUUUUGUUUUUUUGAUGACGUCACAAGCAGUGUAAACUUGUUAAAACGUCUUCAUGUGGGACUAAAUUUCUUCAAAAAGUUCUUAAAAUGUUGUGAGUUAAUUGGAGUGAAUACUUUUAGACUUCGGAAAAUCGAAUUUCAUAUUGAUAAUGACAUGUGGUUUGGCGGAAUGCACGCCACUUUAAUUUUGAUCAAAAAAGUCGAUUUAUUUCGAAAACCAAGCAAGAUACGGAAUAGUUAUACAGGAAGUUUAUAUAUAAUUUUAAAUGUUCUUUCAAAUAAACUUAAUUUAUAUUGCCUUUAAUUAAAAGAACUCAAUUGUUGCCGAGUAGGUCUCGCCUAGUUCAAGUAGAUUAUUGUUGCUCCUUGAACGACCUUUCGUUUAUAAUUGUGCUAUAAUCUAUUAUCUGGGGCUUGUUGUAUAAAAAAGUGAUUAAAGUUAACUAUAGUUAAGUGGAAACGUCAUCCAAUAAGCAGCGCCUAUUUAAGAGUUAAUCACUAUUUAACUACAAAAUAGUGAUUAAAAAGUGAUUAAGAGUUUUAUACAACCGGUCCCUGGCUAUCACAAGAAAAAUAACGUAGAUUUGCCGAAUCGUGCAUUGUGACUUAUUUCAAUAUAUCAUAAUUGUACCGGUAAAGCGAGAUCAUGUAUACUCGACCCUUACAGGAUUGUGAGAGGGGGAACUCCCCCCGGAUUGUUAAUUAGUUCCUAAAUUAGCUAAGUAACUGAGAAGUGAUUAAGUUUUUUCGCAGCUGAUGAAUGCUUGAUAUCAUAGACGGAUUUUCAUAUUUAUUACUGGGGUGGUGCCAGAAUUUUUAGGGGGGUGAGCCGUGAGCAGGUGACUGAAGCAACACAAAGUGUCACCAAACCCCAGUAAGGUCUAUAUUCUAGGGGUGGAGGAGCACUAGAGCCGCGAGGGGGAGUCUAGAGAGCAGAAAACAAAGUAUCCCAGGAAACGUUUGAAAAAAAUCAUGAUUUCUAGCUUCGAAAAAAAGUUUUUUGAAGUUGUCAAUUUGUCAUAUCAAUGGAUUUGGCAUGCCCGAUUGUCUGUUAAGACUUGAGAGAGUUAAAUGAACCUAUAAAAGUGUAAGCCCAAUAGGACAAUAUGCUUUUACUUUUAUAAAGUCAUUGACAUUGUGUUGUUUGAAUCCGAGUACAAUUUAUGAUGCAACUCCGAUUGUAAAUAAUAUUUGGGGCGUAAAGAUAUCUAGGCAAGUCUAUUUCCUAAAAGAAUUAAAAACUAAAAAUAGUGUUCGUAAAAAUUCCAAACAUUUCUUGCGUGCAAGCUAUUCGCAUGACAAGACACUGCAAACUCUAUUCAGGGAAGAUAAUAGAGUUUCAAAACUUUACAAUUGCUCCAAUAAACCAGUGAAUACAAGCGAGGAGCGAUUAGUUUCAGAGUGUUGCACUGUCUUUUUCUGUUCGAAUGUACUCCUACGUUUAUUUUGUAUCAUCAACACUCUGCACGUUGGAGUGGACUAUUUAAUUAUUUAUUUAUUAUGCCGAAUAUUGGAGGGGGGGGGGGUUGAAAAUGUUUUUGGAGGGGUGAACAUUUUGUUUGGGAGGGGUUAUAGCUAAUAUUGAGGGGGUAGCACCCCCCAGAAAAUCCGCCUAUGCUUGAUAUAGUUUUAACUUUGCAAAUUAUCACUUAGUUACAUCUAAAAGCUAAAAAUUGUAGCAAAUAAAAGAGGCUUAAGGCGGUUUUCCAGUCCUCGCACGAAGCUCCUCGCAGCUCGCUGCGAGUGCAUGCAUGAGCACUUUCAUGCAAUCACAAUGCAAAACGGUUAAUUUUAAUUAGAUGCAAGCACUCGCAGCGAGCUGCGAGGAGCUUCGUGCGAGGACUGGAAAACCGUCUUUAGAGUAUAUUGGCAAUCUAAAUUCGCUCCCUCCCAAAUAUUCCACAAAGUGUCCGCCAAGGCAUUAAGAAUUACUCUAAGCCUGUUUACACAAACCCACUUUGCCAAAAGUAAUUUACAAAGUACGCACCGUAAUGCAUGCUUCACGAAAUGCCAGCCACUGCACUGCAUGUGAGAAGGGGUGAUUUUGUAGUGAUUAGAUUAAGAUCGUAUGAAAGAAGGCAGCUAAAGCAUUGUACGUUUAUUUCCAGGAUCGAGAAAGGUCAAGUCGCAAAGAACGAGACAGGUCACGUGAUCGUCGCGACAAGGACAAGUAAGCUACAGAUUUGUUGUAGAAUGAAACAGAAUGGAGCAGAUAUUUAUUUAGCAUAUAAAAUAUACACCAGAUAAAUUUACAAAGACAAUUGACCAUUUGCGUAAUAGACUAAAUUUUGAUCUAAACAAGUCUAGACAAAAAUUUCAUCACAGUCAAUUUCCCGUUUGUAAUCUAUAAUGACUGAAAAUUGCAAACUUCGCAAGGCUAUAUUAUCCGCAUUUUACAACAUUUCGCAACGAAACUUUAGAAUAUUACUAAUUUUGUGAUGCUCUUUCAAGCUGUGAUAAAAUUUUUGUCUAGAUCAAAAUUUAGUCUAUUACGCAAAUGGUCAAUUGCAGUGCCUUAAAGUUUGAGCUCGACCAAGUUCAAUUAUGACCCUUGACGUUCUUUCUGUUAUUUUGGUGAACUUACAAGGUGCUGCUUACUGGCUUAGUUCCACACGAAAUCCGUCUUAUUUAAUAUUUCUCUCUUCUUUAAUUUCUCGACAGAAAACGUCACAGUCGAAAUGAAGAAAGCCAAGAAGAGGGAGUUGAAGAUACCGAUCUACCGAAGAAAAAGAAGAGCAGACGAACACGCGAUGCUGAGUCAGAAGAAAACAAAGACAAUAAUGGAGAAUCUAAAAGUACUGAGGAGUAGCUCUCUCGGGAAUGUUUCAUAUUUUAUUCAGCAUACGCAACUAAACACCCGGGCUCAUUUACACAUGCCAGUACUGGGCUUAAAAAAACACUGUACGGAAAACAUACUGUUUUUGAUAAUAUGAGAUCAAUGAGAUCUAUAACACGAUGCGAUUUUAGUCGGACAAGAUUAAACUGUUUUGAUAUUGUUCUAUUUUUUAUCGCCCGAUUUGUUCCGUAUGCGGCGUGUUCCGAUUUGUACUGGUUAUCUCAACCAAUGAGAAUUUAUGCUGUGAUCACAUGUUCCUACUUUGCAGGCCAAAUGAUCGGGUCUUGAUAGCCUAUAAGCCGGUUCUCGUCGGCAGGUAAACUCACUUUAAUCGGCCGACUAAAAUCGCGUCGUGUGCGCCAGGCUUUACUUUAUUUAAGUAAGUGACAUUAUGAUACAUUUUGGACCAAUUGAUAGGACGCUGCUUGUGUGUCACUAUGUACCGAUGAUAUAGUUCUACAUAUAUACUGUAUGUACCGAUGAUAUAGUUAUACACUUACACCUAAUCUUUGCGCGCUGCCUGGCUCAAGCUAGUGGCCAUUAAGGGCCCUCCUAACCCCCUAGUUUUCGACCCUCCUCACAUCAUUAAAUCACGUUAUGCCAGUCGUGUUUGCACUUAGCUAAAAAAUACGAUAGCCAAAUAAGCCGAAAAUCUCCCAAAAAAAAAGAAAGAUAAAAUCCAUCCCGCCAUCAUUAAAUUUUAAGUCCUUUUUCACUAACAAUUCUCAAUUAAUUCGUAUAGCAAAUAUGAACUGAAAAUGAAAUACUCAAAAUAUAAUCAUAAAUAGUCAAAAGCCAGAAAUAUUUUCAACAACCAGUACGAAUGGUUAUGUUUGUACGGUUGUAAUUAUUAUGAUAAGGUUUCUAAGUAUAAAGAACGAAGGAAUAUAGUUGUAUUUAAUAUCAUGCAUGUUCUAAGACUAAGCUUGUUUGGCAUAGCCAUAGACGAAGGAAUAUGACUGUAUUUAAUAUCAUUCAUGUUCUGAACUUGUUUGGCAAUCGUUUGUUUAAUGAAACUAUAUACGUUCGUUGAGUUGUGCAUGUUAACUAAUGAAAAGGCGCGUUUUUUGUUAAUAAUAAAUUAUAUUGGGAUGUUCGUUAAUAAGGUUACCGUUGAUUUUUCAUGUCUAUUAAAUAUUUAAUUGAACAUCAAUAUGAUGCCGGCACAGAAUAAAGGUUCGGUC